AUGGCGACGGUGUCCUUCCCCUAUGCAACGCUUUGCGUCCAGGGCAUCAAGGACGGGGUCACCAGUGAGGCACUGGAAGCUCAGUUUGAGCACUACGGGCGCGUGCGCAAUGUUAACCUGGCGCAGAACAAGAACAUGAAGGGGGUUCCUGAUACGCGCAUUGCGCUGGUGGAAUUUGCCCGCCGGGACGACGCGCGGAAGGCAAUGCAGGAGCUCAAUGGGCGCAAUGUGCAGGGCAAAUGCGUGAUGAUCAGGUUCGCAAGGAGCGCACCGGGAAUGCGAUCAGCUGCGCCGGCUGUGCGGCGUGGUGUGCCAGAGCCGAUUCCGCAGACAGCUAGCCACGAGCGUCUACUUGCAGCUAAGUUCCGGCCAGCCGACAGGACAUGGGCAUUGUGGUAUCAAAGGAUGUGCGGGUUGUCGGCGCGCAUCGUCCUCGGCUUGUUGCUGGAGCAAUUCAGCUUAUUGCAGUCAUGGUGUGACAUUGGUGCGACACCGUACAACUCACAAUCUGCGACAACUUCCUUGGGCACAGGAGCUGCAGCCGGAGCCGCGGCCGGAGCCGAAGCCGGAGCCGCAGCCGCAGCCGCAGCCGCACGCCCCGUGGCAAGAGCCGCGGCAGAGGCAAGAAAAGCAAGAGUGGUGUAG